UCCCGAAAUUUAGGGUUUAGCUUAGUCGUAGCAAACAUGCGUUGAUGCUACGGAGUAAAAUAUAUAAAUAAAUUGAAGGUAAAAACGCAUCUAUAUAAAAAAUCAAAGCACAAACCCUAAAACCUCCCAGAAAGGCAGAAACAGAACACAAUGUUUGCCUCGUGUCUCGAGAUUGUUUUUUUCCUUGCCGGAAGACAUAAUUCUCAAUUUUCUUCGUCACCGGACGAAAAUGAGACGAAGAAAUCAUCAGACACUCCUCCGACAGUAUUUUUGUCGUUACCCGACGAAAUCAUUCUCAAUUGUUUGGCUCGUGUCUCGAGAUUCUAUCGUCCAUGUCUAUCCUUGGUCAACAAGGAUUUCCAAUCUCUCAUCGCUUCUCCUGAUCUCGAGGCCACGCGAUCCCGAAUCGGAGUAACAGAGAAGUACCUUUAUGUCUGCUUAGAGUCGAAUAAGAACAACCCUAAUCCUCGCUGGUUCACACUUGCACCAAUUCCCAAACAACAGAAGCUGAAACCUAUCCCUUUAUUUCCUUAUCGACAUCCCACAUCAUCAACUGUUGUCUCUAUUGGUUCAGAGAUUUACAUCAUCGGAGGCUUCGUUAAGGGAAGGAGAAGCCAGAGAGUGUUGGUUCUAGAUUGUCGAUCUCAUCAAUGUCGUAGACUCCCCAACAUGCAUCAACCUCGAGUUUCUGCAGCCGUUGAUGUCAUCGACGGUAAGAUCUACGUGAUUGGAGGAUACAAGUCUAACAAUAUCGACAAUUGGGGAGAGGUUUAUGAUCCAAAGACCCACACGUGGGAGCCAAUAUUACCCACAACACUUGAUCUCACCACUCAAAAGAGUGUGGUUCCAGGUAGCUUGGUAAUGGGUGGGAAAGUCUAUGGCAUGGUUGGUUUGAAGGUUAACUUGAACCCGAAUAUUUGUUUGGUAGAGAUAGACAACAUGAUGUGCCAAAUAUCGGUUUGCAAAGGGAUAUUACUUUGGUAUGAUUCAGAGGAAGAUUUGGAGUGGAGUAGGGUAAGAGGACUUGAAGGACUGCCCCGUAGUUCAUAUUUUCCUUGUUAUCUUGUUUCGGUUGCAAAUUAUAACGGAGGAAGAAGAGUGAUAGUUUGGUGGAAGUCAGUGGUGUUUGGCCGUCUAGGUCUCAAUUGGACUAAGGAAUGUAAAACGGAGAUUUGGUGUGCAGAGAUAUCGUUGGAGAGACGCGGUUUUGGAGAGCUUUGGGGAUUUGUCGAAUGGUCAAACAAUGUGUUUACUUACGACGGAUGUGAUUCUCCUUCAGAUUUCUUUCUGCAUUCGGCUUUUGUGACUUAUUAAUUUAGUAGGAUGUUUUUUAGUUUUGAGAGAAUUUUAGGAUUUGUGGGAAUUUUUCUUUAACAUUGAUCAGUUUUGCUUUCGAUUAUUAAAAGUUUCGUAUCAAUGAAUAAUUUAUCAGUU